AUGAAUGAACACGUCUGGAAAUAUUCAGAGAUGUAUCCGAGUGUUUUCAAGCCUCAAAAUUUGCAUUAUGGAUCCCAACUCUUCUUUGACUUGCAAGUUGAACUGAAGAUGGGCCUUGAGGGUCUUUUUUCAAGAGGUUGGCCGCUGUUGGCCAGGAUUUACAUCGAGUCUUUGUCGACCCCCGAAGCGCUCGACGGGGCCACCGUUCUAUCACCCCAAGGCCUGCUCCAUUAUCCAGCUUUCCUCACAAAUUUAUCCCAAAACAUAAUGGGAAACGCGCCCUCCAACAAUCUCAACCGACCUACUGGACUGACGCUCGAUAGCUUUGUAUCCGAACUGGGAACUGACAUAUUCUACGAAAAAUCUCUUGGGACCACCCGAUUCCUCAAGACCAUCAGGGCGCGCCACAAGUAUGGCCGGAUAGUCGUCAAGGUAUUCGUCAAGACCGACCCUUCCUUCAGUCUCAAAGGCUUCGUCAGGAGGCUCAAAUCAGAACGCGGAUUGCUUCAGGAUGUCCCUAACGUGCUCACUUACCAGAGGGCUGUCGAAACUGAGAAGGCGGGUUAUCUGAUCAGACAAUGGUUAACUAACAAUUUGUACGAUCGCAUCAGUACGCGUCCCUUUCUAAGCCUUACCGAGAAGAAAUGGAUCGCUUUUCAAUUGUUGACCGCCAUGCGUAACUCUUGGAAUAGAGGGGUCCCACACGGCGAUCUGAAAUCAGAAAACGUUAUUGUGACCUCCUGGAAUUGGGUCUAUAUCACCGACUUCUCCUCUACCUUCAAACCAACUUACCUACCCGAAGAUGACCCAGCCGACUUUUCGUACUACUUCGACACCUCUUCACGCAGAUCUUGUUAUCUGGCCCCGGAGCGGUUUUAUUCUGCUGAGACUGAGAUCGAAGUGACUUCAAAACCUAAAGUUGUAGAAAGUAUGGAUGUUUUUGGCUUGGGCUGUGUCAUUGGAGAAUUAUUCACCGAAGGAACUAGCCCGUUCACUCUCAGUCAGAUGUUCAAAUACAAGUUGGGGGAAUAUUCCGUGGAGCCGUACCUUCGUGGGAUCGAAGAUGAGAAAAUUCGGGAUCUGGUGCGAAAUAUGAUUCAGCUCAAUCCAAGCGAUCGCUUAACAUUCGAAGAGUAUCUCAACAACUGCCAAAGCAACAAAACCUUCCCGAACUCCUUUUACAUGUUUCUGCACCCAUUCCUAUUGAGCAUUCAAGAUCUCUCUGGCCCUUUCAAUCCACCUAUCACACCUCGCAAAGGCCAUGGUGACGGCCUAGGAGCUGGCCAUUCCGUCGGAGGAGGAUCAAGGCUGGGUGAUUUUUCAUCCCAUUCUAAACUCAGAAACGACGCAGACGGCAUCAUCGAAAAAUUGUGGUCGGAUUUCGAAUACAUUUCCGGCUUCAUGGGCGGCACUCACAGGCGCAAAGUUCACCCCAAGGCGGCUGAAGGAAGUGGGGAGGCAGAUCAUCCACACUCCGAUGCGGGUGCUGAACAAUCCGAAGGAACAGGGCCCCAAACAUCACGCCAUGCUUGGGCCGAUUUCCCCCUGAGGAUCAACGUCCCUGGUCGCAAUGUUUGCUUGCGGUCCACACCUGAGCUCUCGAAAAGUUCUGUUGAUGAUGACGUCGCCUUGAUCCUCCUAUCGGUCCUGAACUCUAAUAUCCGUAGCUGCUUGUAUCCCAACUCGGUCUUGAAAGCCUUGGAUUUGUACCUUGCAUUACUGGAUCAUCUGACGGAUGAGACCAUGUUGGAUCGGGUAUUGCCAUACCUUGUCAGCCUCCUCAACACUGCGGAAAGUUGUGAUUCGAUCAAGACUAGCACGUUGUUAUGUUUGACGCAGGUUCUGCUACUGGUCGACAUGAUUACUCCCUCAAAUUCAUCUUUGUUUCCCGAGUACCUCAUUCCUAAUCUCAAGCAUUUGAUCAACGACCCUUCGGAGUUUGUUCGCGCGACUCUUGGGAAGUGCAUCGGCCCACUUGCUUUAGCGAGCAAGAGAUUUUUAAACUUGACCCAAGUUAUCAAUCAGAGGAAGCGAAUGGAGCGCGAAACAACGGAAAUGACAUCGGGAGAUCCAAUUGAUACGAUCGAGUCAUCGUACGAUUACAAUAUCAACGAGCUUCACCGACAAUUCCAAGAAAUCGUUGUAUCACUGCUUACCGAUAGUUCCACUGUCACCAAGAGGUCGCUUCUGACCAGCCUUCCAGACUUGUCGAAAUUUUUCGGCCGAGUAAAAACCAACGACAUUCUCUUGGCUCACAUCUUAACCUACUUGAACGAAAACGACUACAUCCUCCGAACAUCAUUUUUCGAGCACAUGGCUGACAUAUACACUGAAAUUGGACCCGUGAGCGUUGAAGAGUAUUUGUUGCCGAUGAUGAUGCAAGCUUUGGCAGACUCAGAAGAAUUUGUUUCUACACGGGUCAUCACCGCAUUAACCGAAGUUAUCAAGAAAAAGCUGUUGAGCGAGCAUAAGCUUUGGGAACUAAUCGCUGCUGUCAUCGUUUUAUUAAGCCACCCGAAUUCAUGGAUCAGGCGGGCGUCUACAGAACUAAUCGUCACAGUGUCCCACGUAUUGCCGACAACAGACGUAUGGUGUGUAUUGUACCCAGCCCUACGGAAGUUCCUCCGCUGUGACAUUGAAGAUUUGACCAAACAAUCCAUCUUGACCAACUUAGAAGCCCCGAUCCCACGAAUUGUGUAUGAAGCUGCAGUAGUUUGGGCUGGCAGGAGACAGCGCUCAUCUUUUUGGCAAUUGCCAAGUGCGGCUGCUAAAAAACCACAGUCUUCCUCUGCAUCACCGUCUUCCCAGCCUGCGUCUACCUCUCGUCAAUUCCAAGCAAGUUUUCCUGAUAAUCAUGCUCUGUUGUCCGAAGACGACACGGCACAACUCAAUCAUCUGCGAAAACUUGGUAUGACCUCGGUGGAUGAGGUCAGGCUCAAAAAUAUGAGGCAGCACAUUGUCAAAGUGGCAGAUUCCCGUGCUAGACUUCCUACACCUAAUACCACCCUGGAAGCUUCAAACCUUCUGGACGACAGCAACGUUUCGCUCCAGGACUUCGGAAUCCCACUGCACAACAUCCUUUUGAAGAAUCUAUCGGCCUCGGAUAAUAAUAAUCACAACAAAAUCACUAAUCCUAGCAACUUGACGGUCCGUAAUCCUCGUCUGCCCGGCAGUUUGCAACGCAAGGUCUCUGUGGACAUCCCGCCGUCUUCAAGCGAUCUGGAGCGGCCGAGCACCAGGAUUGACUCUCCCACAGUCACAGAUCUUCGAAGACACUUGGUAACCCGUAAUGUCAUGAGUCCGACAAUUCCGGGCACACCCAAUCCUGAAAUACAAACCUCCCGACCUCAAAGUAGCGCCAGUUCGACGGACGCUCACCUGCUUGGCGGACUGCUAGAACGUUCGAGCGAGAUUACUGCCAAACCUAUUCUUGAUUCUCGAACUCCUGUAUCCAGCUCAAAAGGCUUUGAUGUUUCCAAAACUAAUCCUGCCACCGCUCGGGAUACCACCUCCGUGUUUGGUGUAUUAGAUACGGAGGCUCGGACGCGUCAGGCUCACGUAAAUUUUAGUGGUCUCGGCUCUCAAGCAACAGAACAAAUGUCAAGUGUUUGUCCCAAUCCUCGCACCCGACUUAGCGCACCGCCGCCCCAGCGAUUUAGUAGCACAUACGAGGGACAUGAUGCAAAUAUUCGUUAUCUACUCGAGCGCGUCUUUCUAGACAGCUAUCGAGAGCCUUUGCCCGAAUUCGGUCCCGUGGUGGCUGAAGGGAUACCCCGGCGGAAAGCCUUUCGGUCAUUUUUGGCCGUCAAGGAGAAAAGCUCGAGGUCGUCGAGCGGAAAUUUGAUCGGCCAUUUGAUCGAACACACUGCAGCAGUCUCGAGCCUUUGCGUUUCUCCAGAUUUCGUCUUCUUCGCCAGUGGAUCUCACGAUGGAACCGUUAAAGUGUGGGACACCGUACGACUGGAAAAGAAUGUGACUAGCAAGUCACGCCAUACGUUCAAUCAAGGAGGACGGAUCACCCACGUUUGUUUGUUGGAGCACAGCCACUGUGUAGCAAGUGCCUCUACCAAUGGCACACUCUUGGUCCAUCGAAUUGACGUCAAUUUCGAUAGCACUUUGCCCAGUUACUCCAAACCCGAAGCAAUCCGACAACAUACGCUGAACUCCGGGGAAUACAUUACAUCUAUGAUCCAUUACAACACUCUCACAUCAUCCGAUCUGAUUUACAUUACCAAUAAAUGUUCAAUCGUCACUCUCGAUCUGAGAACCAUGCGGACCACCCGAAUCUUCCGAAAUCCUAAGCAUUUUGGUCCUCUUUCCCAAUUGUGCAUUGAUCAGAAGAAGAUAUGGCUGGUUGUCGGAACUACGAUGGGCUAUUUGUCUCUUUGGGACAUGAGGUUUGGAUUGUUAUUGAAGACUUGGAAAAUGGCCGAUGGACCAAUCCAUCAGCUGAACGUCCACCCCACUCAAGGUAGAGGGCGUUGGGUAGUCAUUGCUGCCCUGACAACGAUCGACGACAACUCCGAGCGUCCGACUUAUCAAACCCUACAGGUAUGGGAUCUAGAAAUGGGUAAAUUGGUGCAAACCUUCUUAGUAUCUCGGAAUACAUCAGAUGUAGCCGUCGAUAGAUUUCGAGCCAAACACGAGGGACUAGACGGCGAGAAUUAUCACUACUCAAAUGCCAAGUCUGUCGCACCUUUGCCCUCACAAUUGGAUGCAUCAAGUGCAAUAGAGCUGCUCCUACAAGAAAAUCAACGGUUGGAACCAUCAACCAGGCAGAACAGCAUCAGGCCAAAUCCGCACGAGCUGCUCCGCCAACCGCCAACAGUUUCCUCAUUUAUAAUUGGCUCGCGUUACCACGAUAACAUGUCUAGUUCCGGAGAACUGAUUAUGAUGGCAGAUGAGCUGAACAUUGCUCAGGUCUCUUCGAGACCGGCCGGGUACUUGAUCAGUGCUGGGGACGACCGCAGGAUUCGAUUUUGGGAUCUUUCAGUCCCGGAGCGCUCCAAUACAGUCAGCGGUUUGGAGAUAGACGAUGAUCGACCGCAGUUCAGAUCUGAUGCAUCCGAUAACCCGACAAUUCAUCUCGAAUAUAUCGCUAAAUCUUAUCAAAGCAGCCAUCCCCACAGACGCAAUAACAAUCCGUCAAGAGCGGAUGCGAAUCCUACCCCUCAUCGAUCAACCGUCGUGGCCAAUUACCAGCAAACGCUGCUCAGAAACCAUAGCGAUGCGAUCACUGCUAUUGCCGUCAUCGAUCUCCCUUUUCGGUGCAUCGUUAGUGCUGAUAAAACCGGUGUCAUACACAUUUACGAAUGUAAAGACCGGAGUCGUUUUCGAGACGAAUGA